AUGACAAAACAUCACCUCGGCGAUGCCUUCAAGAAGGAAGCGGCGCCCGAAACCGUCGCCAUCGCCGGCCUCGGCCGGCCAGCCACCGAGGACAAGGCAUUAGCCCGGAAUCUGUCCCGCCAUCCUGCUUCGUGCUCCUGGCCAGACCCACCUUCAUCCCUCAAUCCCCAUCUCCACACCUGCCCCGGCCAUGGGCAGCACCACCGGCUGCCCUCGGCGAGCUGCCGGAGAGGCCCAACAGCACCACCCAACGCGAGGACGACCACCGCGCCCCGGACACAGUGCUGCCGCCGCGCCCAUCCUCCGCCGCGCAGCCCGCCGCGCCUCCCAUCGCGGCCCGGAUCGGGCCCGGAUGGCCCGCUCCGCCCGCCGCCACCAUCGGCGGUGGCACGACCCCGCACGGCCACCACGCGCCAUCCGCAACCAGCCGUGCCCGUCGCCUCGACGCCGCCGCGUCCGCCGACCGUCGCCGCGCCCGAGUGA